GAUAUAGCUUUACUUCCCACUUCCCACUCCAAUUCCACUGAGUGCGAGUCAGUCGAGGCUCGCCUCCCUCGCCUGCUCGUAUACAAUAAAUCGUUUUGUGUAAGUUAGCAAAAUAGUAAAGGAAUAUAAAUCUCGGAAAUUAAGCAGCUUGAUCGGAUAAGCGAGACAACAAAGAACAUUCAAACGUAGUUCUUGAAACCCUUAUUUUGGUGCAAUCCACAAAACGUGUGCACACAAAACAUUGGACAGAAAAAAUAAUAACAAGACAAAUAAUAAUAAUUUGUAAUAGUAAUAAUAGUAAACAGUGGUGUCAGAAGUAGGAGGAGUGCGUCAUCGCGCGAGAAAGGAAAAUGAGCAAAAAUCGUAGUGCGUAGCCAAAGACGGAAGGAAAUUAUACAGUGUUUUUCAAUACUUUAAGAAUUCUUAUAUCUUCUUGUUUUUUUAUCAUUUGCACAAUAAUCUUGAAACGUCAAUCUGACGACCAGGAAAUUUUGAAUACUCGUCGCUAUUAUGGAAGUCCUCGAUCCUGCUAUGAAUCGUGACGAUAAUCCACUUUGUGUCAAUGACUACUUAGAUAAAGAUAGCACAGGACAAUUGCCACCAGAUUCGAGAUCCUGUAUAAAGGCAAGAUGGACCCUUGGCUUUUUAGGGUUCUUGGGUUUUGCACUUGUUUAUGCUAUGAGAGUAAACCUCUCAGUGGCCAUUGUCUCAAUGGUCAAUCAGACAGCAUUUCCAGCGCCAAACAACAGUGACAACACGAUUGGGUGUCCAGCAGUGGAUCCAGUCAACGGCACAUUUAUCCCCAGCGCUGGAGAAUUCGACUGGGAUGAAAAAACUCAAGGAAUUAUACUUGGAUCUUUUUUCCUCGGCUACGUAAUUACGAACGUUCCCGGUGGCAGAGUAGCCGAGAGAGUUGGCGGCAAGCUCGUCUACGGACUCGGUGUUCUCCUGACGGCGAUUUUUACGGUCGUCAGCCCCUUCGCGGCUUACUUGGGUCUUGGACCCUUCCUCGCAAUUCGAAUUGCGGAAGGUUUCACUGAGGGUGUAACAUUUCCAGCGAUGCAUUCGAUGCUCGCUCACUGGGUACCGCCGUUGGAGCGAAAUAAGUUUGCAGCUAUAGUUUAUGCGGGUGCGAAUUUCGGUACGGUGAUCUCUUUGCCUGUCAGCGGAUGGCUUUGUUCCCUCGAACUGUGGGGCGGCUGGCCACUCGCUUUUUAUCUGUUUGGUACUCUCGGUAUCGUCUGGUACGUUUUUUGGUUGUUCCUCAUUUACGAUACUCCCGCUCAACACCCUUGGAUCGAUCCGGACGAGAGGGCCUAUAUCGAGGCGUGCGUCGAGCCCAAAGACGAGGAGGAUCCUGGGGUCCCAUGGCUUUCGGUGUUCACGUCACUGCCUAUGUGGGCAAUAGCUAUAACGCAAUGCGGUCAAUCCUGGGCCUUUUACACUCUGCUAACUGAAUUGCCGACCUACAUGGAUAAAAUAUUGCACUACGAUUUAAAUUCCAAGUCAUUUCUUGCCGCACUUCCGUACUUAACUGCUUGGAUUGCUGGUCUCGCAACAUCGAGCAUCGCGGACGCUCUACUCGAGCGUCGCUUAAUAUCGCCACUUAAUUCCAUGAAGUUCUGGAAUACAAUAGGAUCUUUAGGGCCCAGCUUGAGUUUCAUCGGUGCUAUUUGGGCAGGCUGUGAUCGAGUUUGGGUGAUGAUCAUGCUUUCGGGACUCGGAGCACUUCAGGGAGCUGUUUAUGCCGGCAAUCAGAUGAAUCACAUCGCCCUGGCUCCCCGGUAUGCGGGAACUUUGUACGGCAUCACUAACGCCGCUGCAAAUGCCUGUGGAUUUUUGGCUCCGUAUGUUAUUGGUCGAAUUGUUCAAGGACACGAAACACUCGCUCGUUGGCAUACAGUGUUCUGGUUAGCUGCAGCAAUAAAUAUGGGAGCUAAUUGUUUCUACUUGUUGUUCGCCUCCGCAAAGGAACAACCCUGGAGCAAGGGUAACAGUUGAUGAUUAUGUCAGCCUCGAAAUUGCGCUAAUUCAACCCAUCGAUCGACAGAUUGCUCGACAUUCGAUCGUAUGGCUUACAGCGCGUUUUAAAGAUUAUUUGCUGGCUCUUUUGUUGUAGGAAUAAUUUUAUUAUUCAGUUGAGAAUUCCACUGGUCCGUCAAUUAUGUAUUUAUCGGGCGCUUUUCCUCCAGCUUAACGGCAUUCCUCUCAUUUUAAGAAGCAUGCUGUAAAUUGGAACAAAAAACAAGUGAUCCAGUUUGCAUGACAAAACUCGUUAUUUCCAUGUACGCCGAAACAUUCAAUUUAGAUGUGGAUACUUGUUUCCUUUCGUCGCAGUAUUUUGUUACUCGUAUACACGUUCCUAGAUCGAAGAGUAUUUCGCAUGGAAAACCAUUUUUUCCUACAAAUAUAAGUUGGUGCUUCGCGUUGAUUUAUAUUAACGCAAAGUUUGUUUUGUUUCAUGAAAUUCACGGCCGUUAACACCUCUCGAAGUACAUUCUGGUACAAAGAAAAUGUGGCGAAAAUUUCUCAUGGCUUACGAUUAAUAGCUAAUUUAUUAAUGCCAAAGGAAUAUAAAAGAAAAAAAACUUGAGAUAAGCGAAUUGGUAAAUGCAAAGAGAAAAGGGGAUUCGAAAAAAGCAAGCAAAUGUGUGAACUCGUACAAUUCUGCGAGAAAAAUCAGACGUGAGUUUCUCAUCUGUAACGCAGGAUUAUAUCGCACAAUUUUCAGUCGAAGAUAGAUUAUAAAUUUUCUCAUGUUCAUGUAUCUUGCCUCGUUGACAAAAACUCAAAUUUCAUUAAUUUGGGUCUGACUUGAAUGAAUAUUUAUUUAAGAAAUAGGAAAAGAUAAAUUUUUGGACUUAGAGAGGAUAGUCUGAGAAUAGAUUCGCGAACUUGAUCAAUUUUUGCAGAUGUUUUCUGUCGCAUGUUGACUUUUGUUAUCACCAUUCGAUUGCUUUGAGACGAUUUUCAUGCUGUCUUUGUGGAUAGAAAUUUUAUCUAAUGAAUAAAAAUAGAAAUCAGAUCAGUCAUCACUAGAGAUUGGGCUGUGACCUCAUUUUUUUAUCAAUAUGCAAAGAAAGCGUGGGACAAUAAAUUCUGGCACCAGUCUCGUGGUUGAUGCAAUAUCACAUGUAAAAAGAAAUAAAAGAAAAUACACUCGAAAAUUCAUUGCAUUUUGAUAAAAUUUGACCAAAUUCGCGAAAAUAAUUCUUGCAUUUGAAAACAGAGAACGAGAACGAACCUUUUUUUAUUCACGUCUUCGGUACUCCCAAGACUCGACCCGAAAGAUGUACGGCGAAGUCGAAUAAAUAUAUAUACACACGUGAAAUGUACAAAUCUCGUAUAGGCCUUUUACCAAUGAGAUAUGCAAAACUUUUCAUAACUGCAUACACAUGAGCAGAUCCAUUACUUUUUGACGAAAGUGUGCGCGCUUAGUUCAGCGAUUUUGAUCUCUAUUUUUUCAUUGAAAGUACAUCGGGAAAGGAGAUGAUCCUGAAAAUUUGAACCCGAUUCGAUCAAACCCAGCCGCUGGAGAAUUUUUUGAAAUUUGAAAAAGGUCAAUUUUUAAUGAUUUUCAAAAAUUUGUAUUUCACUUAGAAAUUCCGUUCAAACGGCGUUCUUUUCUGUGAACUCCCUACUUUUAAGAAUAAAAAGAGAUAUUAAUGGUAAACUCAAAUCCGGCUCAGUUGGGAGCUAUCAACUAAACCAUUGUAUCAACAAAACUUUACCCGUUUUUGAAAUUCUCCCAAACCUGCAGUUGCCGAAGUAGAGGGUUAAUGAUAUUUUUUAUAAAGGUGUAUUCUGUUGAUAUCUGGCCUACCUACUUUCCUUUAAUUGCCUCGACUUCGGAGCAGGACGUUUCGGCGCGAGAACGUUUGGGCGCUAGCCAUUGGGCGCGAGACAUUUCGGCGCGGCUGUACAGCCGCGCUCAUAUGAUUGAAUUCUCGAAUUCAUCGUAUUUUUAUUUUUUUACGAUAUUGAACAUAAUGACGAUUUUUUUUGUUUUGCGUAAGAAUAUUUUCCUUGUCACUGAAAAUAGAAACCAAAAUUUUUCAUAUGACUAUUUCGAGCGGGUUAUUUAAUGGUAAUAAAUAGUUAACAAAAGCGAUCCAUCUCCGUACACCCACACACACUUUGUCAAUGUUAAACAUUCGCAUAAUAUUGAAACGCGGGCGACGGGGGCCACAGGGGGCGAAGGCCCGCGCGGGGGCCGGUGGCAGAGCCCUCCGAGAAAGACUAUUAAAAUUUUAAGUUAAUCAUCAUGAGUACCAUCUCAUCCCGUAUCCUGCGAAAUAACUUUUAUUUACCUCCAUACGAUUUAGAAAGACUAUAUGCAGUCUUCUCGCAAUAACAUGGAUGUAACAAUGUAUACUGUCUGGUCCCACACCGUCAGUUUACUGUUGUUCUUCGUUCUGUGAAGAACGCUUUUUUAUAAAAGUGCUCAAGAGAUUAUUUUACCAUGGAAACGAAUUUAUUAUCGAAACUGAAACAACUUGAUUUAUUGAAACGUUCUCGUGCCAAAACGUCCCCGCACCCAAACGGCGAGCGCCCAAACGUCUCGCGCCGAAACGUGACGCACCCCUCGACUUCGUUACUAUAAGUCAUUCGAAAAUGAUUAAUUUUUCAAAAAUCGCUAUGUUUAGAAAGCUGUCAUUUUUUCGAGUUAUACAUUUUUGAACAUCCCAAAACUUGGAGUAUAAAAAGUACUUCUUGCGAAUAAUAUCACACUUGGCAAAUGAAUUAUUUAUUUGUUUAUAAUACCUAAUUUGACUAUUUCAUGUUAUUGUUUUUACUGAUUACUUAAGUGGCGCAUGAAAUAAAUAUUCUGCGGUUCUCAAACAAUGUUAAUAUGAUCGCAGCGCUCUCAAACGCGGAAUAUUGAGGCAAUUGAGGGAAAGUAGAUGGGGCAGAUAUCAACAAAAUACGCCUUUACAGAAAAUAUCAGCUAUUUAACCCUCUACUUCACCAACUGGUAGGUGCUGGUAGGUUUGGUUGAAUUUCAAAAAAAGGAUUUGAGUUUAUCACUAAUAUUUAUCUUUUUUUCUUGAAAGUAGGGAGUCCACAGAAAAUAAUGUCAUUUGAACGGAAUCUCUAAGUGAAAUACAAAUUUUUGAAAAUUUUUAGGAUCAUCUCCUUUCCCGAUGUACUUUCAAUGAAAAAAUCAGCAUCAAAAUCCCUAACCUAAGCGUACACACUUUCGUCAAAAAGUAAUGGAUUUGCCCACAUAUUUACAAUGUAAAUCGUGAUCGUCUCUUGGACGUAUAAGCCGGACAAUACUGCUUUUAUACUCAUGGAAAAUAUGAAAAAAAACGAUGUGAUCUAUUUCGAAAAAAGAACGAAGGAGAGAGAGAGAAAGCCAAUGAAUCUCAUUUUUCAAUGGUUUUCGAGAAAAAAAAUAACACAAAUAGAGUAGAUGGAUGAAUUUCGACUACAUAUCUUCCGUACCUCUUAACGUUCUCGUUCGCGUUCUUUCACGAACAUAAGAAACUAAAUGUAAUUAAAUAGCAAAAGAUCGGUAUUACUAAAAGAAUUUAACGAAAAGAUUAAUAGAGCAGAAUAAUAAUAAUCAUAUCGAGGCGCACCUUAGAUGGAACUUGAACGGUGAUAAUAGAAUUAUGGAGGAUUAUUGAUAAUAUUUUCAAUGUAAAUAGACCAGUUCAAAUUUAGAUAAGGUGCUGCGAUAGUAUAAAGAAAAUAUUUAACGAAAUUAGUGUAGCUACUUGACGGUUUAUCAAAUUCAGGCAUAGAAAAAUGUAUUGACAAAGUUUAUGACAAAUAAUCUAAUCGAAAUUCAAAUUUUAAAAUUGACUUGUUUGUCAUAAUGGAUAAAUUCAACGAUGAAGUUAACAGAAAAUUAAGUCCUCAUCGAGUAACAAAUGCAAUAAUUUUACUUACGGUUAAGAUAAAGUUUUAAUUUUGUUAUACAUUCCAAUAAUACAAUUUAUCGUCUAUUGUUAAAACGAAUAUUGUUUAUGAACAAAAUUGAGAUCAAUGUAAUAUUUUUUUGCAAUGUCUCGAAUGAAACUAUUUUUCAUUCGUCACGGUUGAUCGACGAAUUCUCAAUUUCAAUUUUUUGCUAAUGGCCAAUUACGAAGAACGUUGAACUCUGUUUAAUAACUCUAUGAUGAAAACUGGAAAAAUAUUCGGCUCUACUGUGCAACUCUAUAGUAUCUAAUUGUAGAAUAUUAUUAUACCCCAUCGGUUACAUAUUUGUAGGUGUGAAAAAAUGAGUGUCCGCAGAUCAACGUAUGAAGAAGAUUCAAUGAAUGUGUCGCCGCCGCCAAGUUAUGGCAAUUAUGCAGUUUUCCGAUAAAUCGAUGAAAACUUUUUUUUUUCUAGUACAGGCUACUUGACUUAGUCACUACUAAUCAUAUUCCGUUGGAUGAGACUGACAUUUCCCAUUAAUUCCAUAAUUUAUUGGGUUUUGGAGUCUCCAAAAAUACAUGAUGAAUUAGGGCAUUUGCGAAUAUCUAGAAGCUUAUGCUAGGAGAGUUGGACACACGUGCACGGACGCAUGCAUGCACAUCCCAAAGAUGUUCUGCAAAAUGCGUGCGUAAGAUUCUAGAUAUAAGAAAAUGCCCUAUUUCAUCAUAUAUUUUUGAAGUCUUCAAAACCCCAUAAGUUAUGAAAAUAACGUCAACACUAUCAACGUCGUCCAACGGAAUAGCACUUAUUAUAAUGGAAUAAAUGACUUCAUGGAGAAAAAAAAUUCCAUCGUUUUUCAAAAAAGUACUGAAACUGCAUGAUUACCCAAGUUAUAUAUCUUGGUUGUUACAUAUAUUUACAAAAUUACUUUCAAAAAGGUUCAAUUGAAACAAAAAUAAAACGAAAUAAAAUAUAUAUAUAUAUAUAU